GCCAGGCUAGGGCUAGUGUACUGGCCGCUCCUGGCCUGUGGUGACGAGCCUGCGUCAGUUGCAGACCGGACUUGGCGGCUGCUGCGCUGACGUGGCUCCCGGAAGUGGGGCUGGCGCAGGGCCGCCAUGUUGCCGCAGGACAGUAAUGAUGACACUGAAGACGUUUCACUGUUUGAUGCAGAAGAGGAGACAACUAAUAGACCAAAAAAAUCCAGAAUCAGACAUCCAGUGGCUUCAUUUUUCCAUUUGUUCUUUCGAGUCAGUGCCAUUGUAGUCUAUCUUCUCUGUGAAUUGCUCAGCAGCAGCUUUAUUGCCUGCAUGGUGACAAUUAUCUUGUUAUUGUCAUGUGACUUUUGGGCAGUGAAGAAUGUUACAGGUAGACUAAUGGUUGGCCUACGUUGGUGGAAUCAUAUUGAUGAGGAUGGAAAGAGCCACUGGGUGUUUGAGUCCAGAAAGGCAACGUCUCAAGAUAAUAAAACUGUUUCAGAGGCUGAAUCAAGAAUCUUUUGGUUAGGACUUAUUGCCUGUCCAGUACUGUGGGUGAUAUUUGCCUUUAGUGCUCUCUUCUCCUUCAGAGUAAAGUGGUUGGCUGUGGUUAUCAUGGGUGUGGUGUUACAAGGUGCCAACCUGUACGGUUACAUCAGGUGUAAAGUGGGCAGCAGGAAGAAUUUAACUAGCAUGGCUACCUCGUAUCUUGGAAAGCAGUUUCUAAGACAAAGCACUGGAAGUGAUCAGACUUCCUGAAGAGAGAAAGCUUAUGUGUUCCAUUAUAUGGGGGAACAACUGAAGAGAUUCUUGACUCUGAAUGGUUUAGAGUUCAGUCUAUCAAAGUGGAGUUUUGGGUUUGUUUUUUCACUUAAAAACUUUAUUGUUUUCACAUUGUUUCUAUUUUCUUUAUACCAGUUGGGGUUGGAAAGUAUGGUAUCACUAGAAACAUUGUCAGAAUUUAUUGAUCUGUAUAUACACACAUUGUUAUGUAAUAUCUGUAUUCCAAAUUAGUAUGUUCAUUUACAUUUGUAACAGAUCUUUGUAUUUUGGUGCAUAGAACAUAGGAUGUUCUUAGUCUGUCUCAGAGCUCUAUGUGUUUACAUACUAUUUCUAGAUUGUUUUCAGAAGUAAGUUUUGAUUGCAUUGUGAGUAAGCACUUUGAUUUAUAUAUGAAUUAGAAAAAAUGGUUAGUUUUUAAUAUAGGUGAAAUUGCCUAUCUCAGACAUAUGCAAGCAAAUGAACACAAAAUUGGGGCCAGCAGUUAUCAUUUUUUUAAAGAUUUUUUUCCUUUUUGAAAUAGGGUCUAUUAUGUAGCCCAGGCUGGCCUCAAACUUGUGAACCUCCUGCUUCAGCCUCCCAAGUGCUGGGAUUACAGGCAUGUACCAUCACGCCUUGCUAAAAUUUUGUUUUUGUUUUUAUUUUGUAACACAUAAUUUACUUAACAUCUGAUUAAUAGAAAUGAAAUCUUCAUAGUUAUAUUUAAGGGAUACCAGGGAUUGCUGCUGUUCUGUUUAUUUUUUGGAAAAGAUAGCUAGAGUUUACUUUGGAACUGCCUGGAAGCUCUUCAGUGGUUUGGACUAAUAAAAUCUUUUACCACUAAAAAAAAGGGUGUUAUUCCUAAGUCAUAAUGAGAAUAAUCAUUUAAAUACUUGAGAUAAUAAAUGUCUAAAGGACAUUUUUUAUGAAUAUUUUUUUUCUUUCUAUAAUGGGGUUAUUAUAAAACAUAAUUUAUAUUAAUGGUAUUUCUUAAAACAAAGCAAUAUAUGUAACUAUAAACCAAUCUAUAAGCUUGCAGGCAGCUCUGAAUUCUGUUCAGAAGCCCUUUAAUUCUGAAUUCUGUUUACUUCUGAAUUCUGUUCAGAAGUCCUUUAAUUAGCAGGUUAAGUUAUCAAUGUAAAUUUGUGUAUUGUUAAAAUAUUUUUAAAGAUUUUUUGUUUAAUUGAUUGUCUUUAUUGGAGUUGUAUGUUGGAAGGUGCAUAACUUUAUAUUUGUAUAAAACUCUAC